AUGGCCGGCACUUCCAAGGAAAGGGUCCUUCUGACCGGCGGGAGUGGGUUCAUCGCAUCUCACGUCCUCGAUACACUGCUUGCGCAUAGGUUUUCUGUGGUUGUGACAGCAAGGUCGCCCGAGAAAGGUCAAGCCAUCGUUGAGUCGGUCGAGGAGUCCCUGCGGCCUGACGUCUCUUUCGCUUUGGUCGAAGACGUUGCUCAAGACGGGGCCUUUGAUCAUGUUCUUCAAUCCAGCCUAGGCUUCGACUAUGUCAUCCAUACUGCUUCACCUUACAGCUUCAAGGUUGAUGACCCAGUGAAGGACUUUCUCGAUCCCGCCAUCAAAGGCACCACCGGCAUUCUCAAGUCGAUCAAGGCGUAUGCCCCGUCAGUCAAGCGGGUGGUCAUCACCUCGUCUUCAGCUGCCAUCCAAAACCCGCUGAAGCAUGAGAAGGUGUACGACGAGAGCAAAUGGGCGCCAUUUACCUGGGAGGACGUCCUGGCCAAACCUCAGUUCGGCUAUCCAGGGAGCAAGAAACUAGCCGAAAAAGCCGCGUGGGAGUUCGUCGCCAAGGAGAAACCGCCCUUCGACGUCGCCACAAUCUGCAACACAUACACCUUCGGCCCCGUCCAGCGGCAGCUCCCCAGCCUGGACGCCAUGAACACCUCCAACCUGCGCAUCCGCGACCUGGUCCUCGGCAGGAUGCGCGACGGCCUCGAGCCCACCUUCCCAGUCUUCACGUGGGUCGACGUGCGGGAUGUGGCGCUUGCACAUGUCCGCGCUGUGAUGAGGCCCGCGGCGGGAGGGCAGCGGUUCUAUAUUGUGGGCGGGUAUUUCUCCAACAAGAAACUCGCGGAGAUUAUCAGGCACAGCCAUCCUGAGCUGGCUGGGCGGCUCCCGUCUGAAGGGGCGGAGGAUGAUUUCCCCAGCGAUGUGUAUGGGUUUGAUAAUUCGCGGUCAAGGGAGGUGUUGGGGCUGGAGUAUCGGACUUUGGAGAAUAGUGUGAAGGAUACGGUUGAGUCUAUAUUGGAGUGGCAGACUAGGCACUGA